AUGCCGGUCAAGGACUUUGUGAGAGCAGAGUUGAUUGUUAACUGCCUCGUCGUAUUUGCUGUGCUGAUAGUGGUCUCCUUGCGAGUUUUUUCGCGUGUCACCGGCGCAGGUCUAGGUCUAGAUGACUACUUUGUCAUUCUGGCGGCGCCUUUGGGCAUUGGCAUGUUAGUAUGUCAAGGGUUCUUACUACCCAUUGGAAGCGGCUACGACUUACCUGAUCACCCCGAAUUGAUUGUCAACGUGCCUUUUAUAUUUCUGAUGUCCUUCAUCAUGGAAAUAAUCUACGUUCUCUGCCUCGCUGCAUCCAAAGCAAGCAUGCUAUUUUUCUACCGACGGGUGUUCUCGACCCCGAAAAUGCUCAAAGCCGUCGAUGUUGUUCUUGGACUUCUUGCAGUAUGGACCAUCUGCUUUGAGUGUGCCUGCAUAUUUCUAUGCAGACCUGUCAAUGGUUUCUGGACAGGCCAGGGCGUGUGCGGUGACUUCAUUCCGAUGAUUCAGAGCCUCAUUGCUACCAACGCCGUUGGGGAUCUGGUCAUUAUGCUCAUGCCUAUGCCCAUUAUUUGGUCGCUACAGAUGAAAACGGCAGACAAAUUGGGAAUCAUGUCUUGCUUCACACUGGGAUUAGCCUGUAUUGUCAUGGCCAUCUUCCGCGUUAUUUACAUUGGUCAAGUCGACUUGGCCGGUAACAUUACUGGAACAAUGCCCACAACCGUGCUCCUCUUUGCGCUCGAGCCCAACAUUGCCAUCCUCUGUGUUAGCAUCCCGAUGCUCCGUCCACUCUACACCCGAUACAAGACCCGCAAUGCCUCCUCUCGGUUAUACGACUAUAACAAAUCGGGCUCCGGGUCGAACGGCAACCGGACCAUUGGCGGAAUAUCAAGCAUACCAGGGAGAAGUAGACUCAAGCAAGAUAAAGCGCUGGACAACACAGCCUGGGAGAUGGAGGACUACUACAAUGCCCAGACCCGUAGUGGUCAGAUACAUUUCACAGCAGCCGCCGAUAACGCUGACGAGGGCGAUGAGACGAGUAGUGAAAAGGCAUUGACGAAACAGGCACAGAAGUCUGCCAAUGAGGGAAUCGGCGUCAAGACGACGUGGACUGUUACGCGGGAGGCGUGA